CCUACUAUGAAAUAAAAAUCCAAUUCCUCAGGGCCUGAAGCUUUCUUAUGUUUCUUAUUUACGGCGCGAGAACAAAAAACAACAUGUGAAGAAUGCUCGCUCGCUCUCUUGGGAGAUUGAAGAGCGAUGUCGUAAUGAAACCAUCUCGUGUGUUACCGAUGCCAUCGUUGUCCAGUAUCUUCAUGAAAGAAAUCGUCUCAUGAUCAAGUUGGCCCCGCCCCCACCAUGACCCAUCAUUAUGACCAUGUUCCUCUUUAAGACCGCCCCCUCUCCUCUAAUGACUCUAAGUCGAUCAUUAACCUGGACCCCUGGCCUUAGAUCCUUUCCACCCCUCCCGCCCACCUCUCAGCCUCCCACUCGUUCCUUUUCAGCCCUAAUCGCCGGGGGAUCGAGUUGUGUGGGUGGGCCUCUGACCGUUCCAUGGUUUCAUAUGGCUUUCCGCGGCCUUUUAAGGCCCUCCUUGGAUGCCACGGCCUUGAGCGCCGCGCCCAAUUAUUUAGAGAUGAAACGCUACCUACGCUUCCGAUCGGUCGAUUUUCAAGAAAGUCAUGCUUGCUUGAUACUGGAGUUACCUAAACACAUUGUACUGGGUCAGGGGUUGCCGCCCUCUAAAUGGGAGGGCAUUGAACACGCCCUAGCCAAAGUGUACCUGAACAAAACCACCGGUUUCUUUUCCAUCCCGGAAUGCGCUCUGUAUGGCCAUUGGAGCGAUUUGCAGACCUUUUUGAGCGUUUGGUGUGACAAUCGGUCGAAAAAAAGGAGUGAGGCGUUAGACGAGUACCCUGCGCUACCCCACUUCAAUUUGGAAACCGCCCCAGAGGUUCAGACCUGUUGGGAUCGAGGCGUGACCCUGGAUAGUAUUACGCCCACUGAAUUCAAAGACCUGCUCAAGGCCUUAAAGUUGCCGGUUCGCGAGUUCAAACUUGAGGACUUGGCCUCCGUCGAGGUGAGAGCGGAUUUAGCCAGUCAAUCGCUUCUAUUUCCCAUUCGAUAUCACGAAGAUCCCUGGCCUUUGAUCGGAGUGCGUCAAAUCCAACCCAGUCAAGAUGGCAAUGAGCCCUUCGUCGAAGUGACGGUGCCGGAAUUUAUUCCUGGCGGGGGUUCAGCCCCACAUCGUGUGUUCCCGUUUCCGUUUGGUCUGGAAUCGGCUCGUCGAGCUCGUGCCAAGUCCAUUGUGCUCGUAUCGAACAUUUUGGACGCAGUGGUGAUUAGGGCCCGCACUAAAGUGUACCCAGUGGCCUUGGCUGAAGGUUUCAGUUGCCUACCACCCGACCUUUUGGCCUUCUUUGAGGAAUUCGACCAUAUCAAGAUUUGGUUCCCAAAUGAACGGAGUGCUUUUGAGGCUGGAUUAGCUUUUGCCCGAAAAUUGGGCGAUAAACGUUGCUUUCUGAUGAAUCGGGACAUCGGGAGUCCGUUGUUGUGCCUUAAGAAACGAGAGAAUGUGGACUCGAUCCUCCAAAAACAAGUCAGACCGUGUUGUCACGAAUUCAUCACUACUUUUGAGGCCCUUCGAGAAGAUGUCUUUAUGGAGAUGGCUCAUCAAAACGAAAUUGAAGGCAUCAAGUUCAGGCGGUUCGAGCCACUGAACGAGAUUAUGCGGGGAUUUCGUCGUGGAGAAUUGUCUGUGUUCUCCGGUAAAACGGGUACCGGCAAAACGACCUUCAUGUCAGAAUACUCCUUGGACCUCUGUGCACAAGGUGUCAACACACUUUGGGGCAGCUUCGAGGUCAAAAACACGCGAUUGGCCAAAAUGCAAUUGAAGCAGUUCUCAGCCAUCAACUUGGAAGAUCACCUUGAUCAGUUUGACCCUUGGGCGGAUCGAUUCCAACGGUUGCCCAUGUAUUAUCUUGCCUUUCAUGGAUCUCAAAAGGUUGAUCUAGUCUUGGAUGCCAUGGGCCAUGCUGUUUAUAUUUACGACAUAUCCCACGUCAUCAUUGACAACAUUCAGUUCAUGAUGGGAAUGAGUGCCAAAGGAGUGGAUCGAUUUUAUACUCAGGAUCUGAUCAUUGAAAGAUUCCGUAAGUUUGCCACUCUGCACAACGUUCAUGUGACUUUGGUGAUUCAUCCUCGGAAAGAGAACGAAGACCAUUUGAGUACAAAUUCCAUUUUCGGUGGAGCCAAAGCCACUCAAGAAGCCGACAAUGUGAUUCUACUUCAAGAGGAAACCGUCAAUCCCAAAAUCAAGAGAAAAUUCAUUCAGAGCCCAACCAGAGGUCGUGCAUGGCCGAAAAAUCGCCGAACUUCAAGCCUCGACGAGGCAGAUGAUAUAACCCGAGCUCGCGGCGUUCUCGAGCAUUUAACACUUUUCCAUUGAUUCGCUUAACGGGUUGGGGGUUUUUGAACUUUUUGCGUCCCUUGAAGCGUUUUAGCAUAAACGUCUUUUUCAGUUCA